AUGCGCAGGAGGCGAUCAGACGAGCUUCCUCGUUUUACAGAUGACUCGCAGUCCACCUCGAUUCAUUGGCGUCGACGCUAUACAUACUACCUUCUUGGCUUCUUCACCGUUGUUUGUUGGUUUCUCUUUCGGUCCAGCAAACCAGCUCCUUCAACCGAUAAUGUCUUAACCGUCGACUGGUCGCGUUACGCAUAUAGUCUGUAUGCAACUGAUGGUACAUCGCUGUGCCACGCCGUGCUGCUUCUCGACGCGCUCGCUAGACUCGGCAGCAAAGCAGACCGCGUCCUGUUCUACCCUGAAUACUGGGAUCUGACGGUGGAGGAUUCCAAAGAUCGCGAAAGCCAGUUGCUUCUUCUUGCACGAGAUAAAUACAAGGCCAAGCUCCAGCCAACCAUGCCGUUAACGGUUGAAGGUCGCACAAAAGACAACUGGACUGGGACACGGGACAAAUCCGUCACCAAGCUGAGGGCUUUUUCACUCGAGUAUUACGACCGUAUCAUCGCACUAGACUUGGAAAGCACGCUUCUACAAUCCAUCGAUGAGCUCUUCCUUCUGCCAGAAACGCCGGUUGCGAUGCCCCGCGCAUAUCUAGCAGACGAGAAGCCUUGGCCGCUUUCCUCUGCGUUGAUGGUGAUAAAACCCAACUUGAACGAGUUUGAGAACUUCAGGCGUCUGGUGGCAGAAGGCGGGAACGAGAUGCUGGUCAAGGCAAAGCGGAUCGACAUGGAGCUUGUGAACGAGCGGUUCGAGGACAGCGCUUUGGUUUUGCCACAUCGCCCAUAUGGGCUCCUCACAGCAGAAUUCCGACGACAUAACCAUUCAGCCUACUUGGGCAAUCCUACCGAGACGUGGGAUGCAGAAAAGGUCUACAGGGAGGCAAAGGUGGUCCAAUUCAGCGACUGGCCUCUGCCCAAACCAGAGAUUAUGUGGGCCUACAAGGCCCUGGAGGAAAUGCAACCAGAUUGCGGCGGUAGCCAUGAAGGUAGCUGUGCGGAACGGCAUAUUUGGAAGCAUUUGUAUGACGACUUCAGACAUAGGCGAAGAGACAUUUGCAAGCUCUUGAGUGUACCCGCGCCUCCUUGGUACGGUCUAGAGGAAGAAAGGAGAAAGGCGGGAGGAUUGAAACAAGCUGGGGCUGCGGAGGCGAGUGCCAGCUCGAGCUCAAGCUCACGCGCAACUCCGAGUCCGUCUUCUGCAUUCUCCAACUCAGUUGUGCGUCUUGUACGACCCCAGACAGUUGGAAAAGAAUGGUUCAGGUGCGGGAUGAAGCUGGAAUUGCCGGUCGAAUGUGUACUUGGCCAGUAUAUUGCGAGCAAGGGCAAAUGUGUUGGACGAUUACGGACAGCGAACCAAGAUGUUGAGUUUGAUGAGGUACGGUACCUAGGACUAGUCAUGCCCUCGACCGAGUACGAAACAACAGCAGAGGCUGUCACAGGCCUGGAGUCAUGCACGACUGACUGGCCCAGAUGA